AUGUUCCGCGAUCGUGGUGAUGAAACCGGUCAGCUCUUGAUGCAGUAUGACUUUACGUGGCUGGUGAUGCGGUUGACGCCGGCCGAGAAGCGUGCCACGUUGGCCAGCGAGCUGGCUUACUUCUUCCCGCCGCAGCAGGCCCUCUCCUUCCUUUUCUUCUCCGCUGAGCGCGAGAAGCCGCGUCUGCGAUCCACGGCGCCUUCGGUGGUGUUUGCGUCUUCGUGGCUGCGUAUUCGAUGCCGACCGAUGUUGCAGCAUGCCCUGCGGUCGAUGCUGACCGAUCGCUCCUGGCUUCAGCACAACUCCUACGACACCUCGACCCUGGACUACGUGCGUGCGUUCGGGCUGGAGGCGCUGACCCGCGAACUCAGCAUCGUCGUGACAGAGCACCGGGACCACCGCAACCUGUUCCACCUGUGCGCCGACAAACUCGAUUCGCCCCAGGACGACCCAGUGGUGCGGGAGUGUGCGUACGGGUUGGUGCUGGAGCGCCUGAGCGCCGGCGCUGGCGACGGCGGCAGCGACAGCGCCGAAGAGUGGCGCGUGGUGGUGAUGCCCUACGGCAAGUUCUUCAGCCACUACCGCGUCGAAGCCCUCCCCACCAUCGACCACAUCUCCUGGCCCCACGCCACCGUGACGGAGAAAGUGGACGGCACGAUGGCCACGCUCUACUGCUACCAGGGCCGCUGGUACGUCUCCUCGUGGGAAUCGCCCGAGGGCAGCGAGGAGUUCAUCUCCGCCGUCACCUCCGACGGCCAACGCUACUACUACUCCCGAAGACCCGGCUACAACCCGUGGAAGUUCUUCGAGGCCAAGCUGGAGUGGGCCUACUCCAAUGAGAAGUUCGAGGAGGACCGGGCCAAGGGCUACUUCCCCAACCAAGUGGCGUCGGUCCUUGCCGCCGCCGGUGCGGCCGCGGUGCGACAGAGCACGACCACCUUUGCCGACUUCUUCUGGGACAUCUGGCGGCAGAGGGGCCACCGCCUGCCCGAGUCCGACGCCGUCGUUCAAGGCCGCACACCGACCGAGAAGAAGAAGUUGGCCGACUUCGUGUUCAUGUUCUGCAUGAGCUGCGAUAGACAGUCGCUCGUGUUGGCCCACGGCGACAGCGACACCACCCUGGACUACGUGCGUGCGUUCGGGCUGGAGGCGCUGACCCGCGAGCUCAGCAUCGUCGUGACCGAGCACCGGGACCACCGCAACCUGUUCCACCUGUGCGCCGACAAACUCGAUUCGCCCCAGGACGACUCAGUGGUGCGGGAGUGUGCGUACGGGUUGGUGCUGGAGCUCCUCAGCGCCGGCGCUGGCGACGGCGGCAGCGACAGCGCCGAAGAGUGGCGCGUGGUGGUGAUGCCCUACGGCAAGUUCUUCAGCCACUACCGCGUCGAAGCCCUUCCCACCAUCGACCACAUCUCCUGGCCCCACGCCACCGUGACGGAGAAAGUGGACGGCACGAUGGCCACGCUCUACUGCUACCAGGGCCGCUGGUACGUCUCCUCGUGGGAGUCGCCCGAGGGCAGCGAGGAGUUCAUCUCCGCCGUCACCUCCGACGGCCAACGCUACUACUACUCCCGAAGACCCGGCUACAACCCGUGGAAGUUCUUCGAGGCCAAGCUGGAGUGGGCCUACUCCAAUGAGAAGUUCGAGGAGGACCGGGCCAAGGGCUACUUCCCCAACCAGGUGGCGUCGGUCCUGGCCGCCGCCGGCGCGACCGCGGUGCGACAGAGCACGACCACCUUUGCCGACUUCUUCUGGGACAUCUGGCGGCAGAGGGGCCACCGCCUGCCCGAGGCCGACGCCGUCGUUCAAGGCCGCACACCGACCGAGAAGAAGAAGUUGGCCGACUUCGUGUUCAUGUUCUGCAUGAGCUGCGAUCGACAGUCGCUCGUGUUGGCCCACGGCGACAGCGACACCUGGGAAGAGCGGUUGGUGCUGCACGGGGUGAGAGACAUGACCACGCUCGAGGAGGAGGCCGACAUCGAGCCCUUUGCCCGCGCGCUCGGCUGCGCGACGCCGCAGCGGAUCUACAAUCCUGAGGGUGGUGGCGACCAGUUCGAGAGCAUGGAGCAGGUGGUGAAGCUGUCGCUGGACCUCGACCCCAUGGUGUCGUGCGGGUUCGUGGUGGCCGACCGCAACUUCAACCGCGUCAAGGUCAAGUCGCCCGCCCAUCGCGCCCUCGACAAGCUGUGCUGGCGGUCGGACGAUGAGGAGCGGUCGACCACGCUGAUGCUGGACGUGGUCAGGACCAACGACCACACCUCGUUCCUGGAGCGCUUCCCACAGUGGCGCGGCUUGUACGCCGACGCGCGGCUCGAGUGGGACCAGUUCACCGGAUACGUCGACUCUGUGUUCGCUGCGAUCCCGUGGCCGCCCAAGCAACAGCCAACGGCAGUGGACGGUGGUGAAAGUGAGCCCGCGGGCGGGGCUGCGAUGAUGGACGACUGCGUGAAGGCGGCCAAGAAGAGCGGCCUCGUCGCGCCGGUGCUGUUCAAGAUGUACCACCGCUCGUGCGCCGCCAGGGAGGUGCUCCGGGACUACCCGCAGCACCUCUUCCUCCGCAUGCUCAAGUCCUGGCGCCGAGAAGAGGCCACCAAAGCCCACAAAUAA